AUUCUGAUUAUUGCAAAAUUUUAUAAAUCUGUAAAUGUUAUUUGUCGUCAUAUCCACUUGCGGACGCAGCAUGAAAUCAGCAGCUAUUGCGCCAAUGCUUCUAGUUCGCGUACAACAAAAAGUCCACCGCCCGCGCAUCAGCAAGCCUCGCCCAUAACACCGAGUGAAUCCAGCUUCCCGGUUGGUGGAAUUCGCGGUGUUCCAGCACGUGAUUCGUUUAUCAUCUACCAGCACAUAUUACGCAAUCAACAGGAAACUAUCAAUGCUUCUUUGCGUGGUGAGUUCGACGAAAAAAUACUCGCUGGUAGUCCACCAUUGGAAUUGCGACGACCGGGUAGCGUGCCACGUACGAUCGCUGUGCCGCAUGGACUACAAAGUCCACAAGACCGUGCCACAGAUUCGCCACAAGUGGCUCAAGUAUAUGUACACAACACCCGCAUACCACAUCCGCAUUACACUGAGCGCGCAUUCUACGAGGCGGGUCGUCAAUUGCCGGUCGAACCACCACCAGCUCAUCGUUCAGCUGCAGCGCAUAGUGUUGUGGCGCCACCACCGCCGGUCGCCGUGCCACCACCAGUCGCGGGAGCAGCCAGCCCAUUCAUUGGCGGGGCACCUACGACAGUACAGCCAGCGUCAGCGGCAACAGCAGUGGUAAACACUACAACUGGUGGCGGCAACCUUAAUGUACAACCACCAUCAGCUGCCGUAGCACAUCUGCAUUCCGCACAACGGAUUGAGCAGGACCGCGAGCAGCGCGAACGAGAGCAACAGCAACUGCAGCGUGAAAAAGAACGUAUUGCAAUUACACCCUCCACCGCAGAUACUUUGUCUUCUGCUGCUGGUCAACCACCACAAACCACAACUCAAACGAGAAGUCUGCAAGUAGCGACACCAUCCCAUGCCAAUCCACAAGUGACACAACCGCCAUCAGCUGACUCACUGCUCACACUCCUGCAACGCUAUCCAGUCAUGUGGCAGGGUCUUUUGGCACUCAAGACCGAUCAGGCAGCAGUACAGAUGCAUUUCGUGUUCGGCAACCCUCAUGUGGCGCGUGCCUCGUUGCCCUGCAACCGCGACGGUAGUACACCGCCGCUGCGUAUAGCUCAACGCAUGCGGCUGGAGCAGACACAGCUAGAGGGAGUGACCAAGAAGAUGCAGUUUGAAAACGAGCAUUGCAUGCUCUUGGCGCUACCUUGUGGCCGCGACCACGCGGACGUUUUGCAGCAGUCGCGGAACUUACAAACUGGCUUCAUCACCUACUUGCAACAGAAAAUGGCUGCAGGCAUAGUAAACAUACCGAUGCCCGGCAGUGAGCAAGCAGCCUAUGUUGUGCAUAUAUUCCCAUCGUGUGACUUUGCCAAUGAGAAUUUGGAGCGAGCGGCACCUGAUUUAAAGAAUCGAGUAGCAGAAAUCGCACAUUUGCUGAUAGUAAUAGCAACUGUCUAAAUGCAAAAUGAGGUGUACGUACCUAAAGCACCAGUAAUGAGUAAAGGUUCAAAUGCGCAUUGCAUUUCAAUGCUCUGGAGCGUAAAAGCGGGGCUGUGCAAUUGCUUAAUCCGGAUUUUAAACACCAAAAUUACUAGUAUCACACUAGCAUAUACAAACUGGCAUAUAUAUAUAUAUAUAUAUACUGACGCGAACAAACAAGUGAAUUUGUAACAGAUUUCAUUACAUGGAAUGUGACUACAUAAAACAAUAAAGAAAUCUGACUCUAAAGAAGAAGUAAUAAGUAAAAAUAGGCGCAAAACUGCUGGCGCAUAGGAAGAUAUUUAAAAGGGAAAUAUAACUACAUACAAACGUUAUGGAGGAACGAAUGUAAUUUAUUUUAAUUAAAUGUUUAAAGGAUUCUAGCAAUUAAGUUCUUUUCGAAAAAAUAACAUACAAAAAAAAAAUAUACAAAAAGUGUAGCCCAGAAAUCUAAUAAGUCGUUAACAGACACCCAAUAAGCAAAUUCGCUAAAAGCAUAAAUCAGAUGAAAACCAAAACUUUAAAUAAGAAAAGAAAAGGGAGACAAAAGUAAACGGAUACAAAAAAUACAAAACACUAAACAAAACAAGUCUUAAAAUGUAAGAGGCGUUAAUGAGUGUUAAUUUGAAAAAAUCUAUACAGAAAAAGAGAAACCCGCGCCCCUGACAUAUAGUCAAAUAGGCACAGUAAACUGAACUAAAACCGAUAUUGAAAUGAAGCAAGCAAAAAAGUAAAAAGGGAAAAACUACGCAAUACUACGAUAAUGCGUGCAAGUAUUCCAAGAUAGGUAUUCGUAAUUUGGACACGGAGUUAUGAGGAUAAAAAUGAGAAUAUGAAAAUAUGAAAAAGUAAAAUAUUUAAUUUUAUCAAUUUGUUAAAAAUGUAUAUAUACAGUUUUUUUUUUUGAUUUUCAUGCUGCUAAGCAAAUUUUUAUUACAAGUUUUGUGAAUACCUCGUAUUAUUUUUUGUCGUACUUUUUUAGUUUUUGACCCGCACUUGUUUUAUGAAUAACAUUUUCCUUAGUGUUUCAUAUUACAGUAAUAAUAAUAAAAAAAAGCAAGUUGAAGGAUUAUUAAUAAACAUAAAUAUUUAUUAGUAAGGUUUAAAUAAUAAACUAAUUUACGGUUAUUAACUAAUGAAAAAUUGUAAUUUAUGUAUGAUCUCAAAUUAAAGAAAAGCUUACUUCUUAUUUGCUUUAUCAAAAGGAAACAAAAACUAAAAAAAAGGUAACAAACUGAUCAAAUAGAAACUGAUUUUUACAGCUAAAAUAAACUUUUAAAAGGUGAAUCUAUGCGGAGAUAACAAUGUACAAGGGAGCAAAACAGAUGACUUGAUAGUAAUCCUUUGAGGAAGAGAAGAGGGGUAGUAAGCCAAGCUUAAAGUACCAGCUGAAUUGUUUCAAUAACUGCACAGAAUAAACAAUGUACAGAAGAAGCAUGUCUGCGUGCGCUGAAGUCUGAAUUUAUGGCACGGUCGGUUAGGAAAGAAGCGUACGUCAAGUCGGCACUGCCUCGGUUACUUAAACAGUGUUUUCAUUUGGCCGGCACUGUUCAUUUGAAGGUUAAGUUCUCUGCUCCAUUCCGUAACAUUAAAACCGGCUAAAUGUAUGGUCUGAUGUUUUUCUGCAUACUGUUUAUUCUGUGACAACAUUAAAAGUGUGAGUUUUUAUUCAUGCGUGUGAAUUCUUUUUUUUUCUUGACUAUUAUAUGUACAAAACGGUGCCACUUUUCCUAAUAUGUCUUUUGUUGUCAGCACCUUUUUAUUCAUAGAAUUUUCAGUUUGUUAUUUAUUUUCUUCCUACAAUAUUUGUCAUCUGGCAAGAUGUUGGCGAAAUUCAGUGCUUAGGUUUUUUUCUUUAAUGAUUUUUUUUUUUACUGUGCGUAUGUGUGUUUAAGUUUAUUUUUAAUUUUACUAACAAUAAUAAUAAGAUUCUAAGAAUGCCUUAGAUGCUUGUUACAUUGUAAGUUCAAAUGCCAAAAAAAAAUGAAAAUAAGAAAGAAAUGAGGACAUAAGACAAAAAAACUAAAAUCAAUACCCAACAUUGCUUAUAUAAACAUACAUACAUGCAUACACUCACUUAAUUAUACAUACAUAUAUGUGUGUCCAUUUAAUGUUACACUUAAAUUGGAACCUUAUCUGGAAACUGUUAUGUGCAACUACUUAUACAUUCAAAUGUAUGUAUGUAUGUAUUUCCGCUCACGCUCAACUCACUUGUGUGUCACUAUUAUUUAUGUUUUUAUUUUUUUUAUUUUUGGUCUUGCUUUUGAAAGAGUCUCAUACUUGAAUUAAGUGGCAUGCCUUUCUUAAGGUUCAGUUAGUCUAGACUUAAUUUACGUAACGUUAACUAAUGUAUUGGCUAAAGCAAUAUAUUUUUGUUCCGAAAUUUAUUGAUGUGGCUUAUAGGCGGCCAAGUGACUAUCAGCUGAAAAGGCAAAUAAAAAAACAGAAUAUUUUCGUUUCUGGCUAAGUUGACGUGUUGAGUAAUCAUUGAUGAUUUCUUACGUAAAUUAAGUUAAGUCUACACUAACUAGACUAUUAGAUAAAUUCUUUAAUUGUUUUCAAGUUCGUCCGUUCUACUUACAUAAUUUUUAUAUAUAUUUUUUUGUUAUUUCUAUCACUGCCAUUUUUUGCGAAAUACAUACAUACGUGUAUAUUUUUGCUUAGGUUGUACAUACAAACAUAUAUUCUGCGUUAUUAGUUAUAUAUGUACCCGCAGCUGUAGAAAGGCACACAAUUUUAUUUGUUUUUGGUUAAUCUUCUUGAACGAAUAAACUUCUAUGCCUUUUGUGGAGUUUAUAGAAAGCCGGCCAGCAUUCACGCGGAAGAGUGGAACUGAGUUAAAUGCCUCGUGGCUUUGCGUCUUGAUUAGACUAGUUGUCCAACCCCUUAGCUGUUGGCGGCAUAUCUAUAUAUUGUUGUAAGACUUCCCAAUCAAUUCAACACAUGUUUUGCUUACCUUUUAGCAUUGUUGUCACUGAUUUUUUUUUUGUCACAGUUGAAUAGAAUUUUUCUACCUUAUAAUUUUUGGUUUUCAUUGAAUUCUCGAUUUUUUUUUUCUUUUUAAGACAACAGUAAAAUAUAAACUGAACUAUGCUGAAAAUAAGAAGGAACAUUAAAAUGCAUAUAAAACUAAAAUUUAAAGGAAAAUGGUAUAAAGAAAACAAUCCUCACGAUAUCCAAAAUAUUACAUAAUAUCCCUUUCCCAUUAUUAUUAAACGUAAUUCUGGUAAUAAUUAACUUUGUAAAAUAUUAAAGUAGUGUGUAAAAUACAAUAUAUAGUAUGUAUGUAUAUCCAUAAAUAAAUUAUGAGUAAUGCUAAGCGCUAAUGUAAAAAAAUCUACAGAAUAAUGUUAUGUAGAGCAUCUAUUAAUACAAUAAACUUGAAAAAUGAAAGUAACACAUAAACUAUUUUAAAUCUAUGUACAGUUAAACGUAAAAUUAGUAUUUAGUAUAGCGUUAGAACAGAUUAAUUAUUACAUACAUACAUAUAUUCACUAACUGCAAAGCAACUAAAGCUGAGUUAGUCAAAUUAAAAUUAAUGAUAAUAUAAAUAUUUAACAAAAACAAUAAAAGUGUAUGAAGCAAAACUUGAAAGAAGCAGCGUUAAAAUUUAAAGUUAUUGUAAAAAUUUAAAAAUUAAACCCGAAAAACAUCUAAUAAGCAAGGUCAGCUAGCGUUAGAGUAUUGAAAAAGUCUAUGCAUACAUACAUAUGUAUGUACUAGCACUAGCCCGCUCCGUUAGAUGCAUACAUAGUAUAUUUAGAAAUAAUUCAAAUAUGUAUGUUAAUACAUAUGUACAUACAGACAUACCUACAUAUAUGAUUAAUUAAAAUGAAAUACACAAAUAAAUAAGUUUCAUUACUGUACCAAUGUACAUUUUAAGUUGUAAUGCGCAAGAAGUUUCUCUUAAUUUUUUUUUGUUUGUUUUUAAACAAAGAAGCAACAAAAGGAAGAUCAAUAAAUUUGUCUGUUAUUUUUUUCGUACAACCAAUUAAAUGAGUUGUUUUUUGUUUAAAUCAUUUUGAUUGUAAUUCUCACCUCAUUUCAUUUGAUUUUCAUAACACACACACAUUCACUUAUACAUACAAAUAAAGAUAAAAGCGUGUAAGAGGCUUCGCACGUUUACUAAUACCCACUACCCAUGCGAACUUAAAUUAGUUUAUUCUAAAGCUCCUUUAUACCAUUCCUAAUAGAUUGGGCCUGUUCGAGGCACGUAAUAAAAGCGGCAUUACUGCCGUACUGAUGAAAAAUGGCUACAUUGCUGCAACUGGCCAACUGAUAAUACAUUGCUAGAAAUUCGCGCAACACUGCGGCUGUGAUUGCAACUCGAACAAGCCCCUAUUUUUUGUUAGAGAACACUUUUAGGUAACUUAGAGCACUAAAGCUUAUGGGUCGAUUACGGAUAGCAACGCAACCACGGUUCGGUUGCCAGCUGGCAAGAAAAUUUCUAUUACGAAUGGCAACUAUCGUCAGUUGCUGUCGAAUUAUCGAUAAUCGAAAUUUGACAGUUCGACAACCAGCAAGCGGCUGUAAACAAGCUGUGCGAGUAAAAUUAAAUGAUUAAAAUAAAGAGUUUUAAAGAAAAAACAGCAAUAAAGCUAAGCUCAUCACAAUUAUUUGUUUACGAGGGAGAGAAGUGCAUAAACGCGGCCUUAAUCAGGCGACAUUUAAAGGAUAAUUCCAAUCCUCUAGAGCUACCGCGUGCACUGUAAGCAAGUGUUAAUGCUUUCAAGGUUUUCUUUUAUUAUCGUUUUGUGUUCAUUUUCAAAACAUAUUGAGGACUUCCAAAAGAAGCUGUAGUAUAAUUGGUUAAUAAACAAAUGAACCACUUCGUUCAACUUCAAUACCUCCACUCAUAAAAGCUUGCGCACCUUUUCGAUUUUUCGCAGAAGGAAGUGCCACAGCGAUGACUUUAAUUUGGAAAACUUGGUGUGUCGGUAGUUGAUAACCUGAAAAAUUUGCAAUCAGCGUUCGAUUUUGUUUCGCCAAAAGGGCGUACUACACGGGAACUAAAAUUUCAAGUUAUUGUUUUGUUAUUUUCUCCACAUUCUGUAAAAGCAAACUGCAUUGCAAAAUGUUAAUAUAAAAUAUAUGACACACUUUCCAAUUUUCGCUCCUAAACACGCUCAAAAACAUUCUCAGCAACCACAAAAAUGUACUCGCCUGUAUGCACACUUUGUAGCAACUGCAGUUGUCAGUUGAAAGUUGCCAGUAUCCAUCUGUAAUAUCGUUUUGGCAACUAGCAACGCAACUGAAGUUCGAUUGCUAUCGAUAAUCGACCCAUAACUUCUGCUUGACAUACCAUAUAUGAUAUGGGACUGACAUUUUUUAUUCGUAUGUGGAAACUUUUAAAAGAAGUCAGUUAUAAAAAAAGCUUUUUUUUAAAUUUGAGUUUCAUUUGAGAAUAUUAUUAGGUAUCAACUUGGGCAUCAUAAAUUUAUGCAUCAAAAGUUGGAGAAUUUUGUUAUUUUGUAUCUGCUGUGAUUUUCAGCGCCGUUAAUGUAGCAUCUUUCUUGGGCCCAUCUUAGGUUCCUUGAAAACUCGGUACUGUUGCUAAACUUACAACAAGAACAAUCAUUAGAUUUUCAUUCGGCUCGUUUUUGAUUUUUACUUAGCUGCUAAUUAGAGCAGAGAGUUGCUAUACAUAUUAGCAACUGCAUUUUUUCUACUAUUUCUGCAGGUUUUUUGCACACAAGUCUUCAGCUUAAGAACACUUGAUAAUAGUUAUAUUCUUAAUAUACACUUUUCGAUUGAUAAAAAUUAUUAUUCUUAAUAUAAACUUUCGAUUCAGUGGCGUUGACCAUCGUCUACCCAACUAAGGGGGCCGUUGCUAUCCAUAAUCGACCCACUACAGUCGCAAUUCUUACAAAAAAAAUGUUUCUAUUAUUUCUUUAUAACUUUUAUAUACGAGUACGUACAGAGAUCACAAGUACCCUAUGUACAUACAUACAUACAUACAUAUGUAUGUAAAUCGAAAUAUUGAAGUUUUGUCGAAAAACAUGCGGAUAGUUUAAACAGAGCUAAAUAACACCAAAAAUAUCUAAAAUCAAUCACCUUAUACGCACAUACAUACAUAUGUACAUGCAUGCAUAAAUUACAAAAAAUUAAACCCAACAAUUAAAUACAUAGUACAUUCGAAUAUUCUUAUAUACGUACAUAUGUAGGUACACACCUAAAAAAUAAUAAAAAUCAGUAGCACUAUAGAAAGUUAUGUGCAUAUGUGUGUAUACUUGUUUGGAAACGCGUAUUAGCAAAUAUAACAUACAUAAAUCUACAGAUACCAAAAUAACAAAAAUUUAAAUAAAUAAAAAAAACAAUAGUUAUGAAAAAUGUGAAAUUGCAAGCAAAACCCAGAAAAAUACCUAAUUAACUAAAUAAAAAAUAGCAAAAUUGACGACUUUUAAGCGUAGUUGUUAAAAGCUUAGAAACUUAGCGAAAAUAUUAAAAAAGUAAAAAAAAGAAUUAAAAAUCGACGUCAACCCAUUUAACUGCAAGUGUCUAAAUUUAUAAAACGAACAUAUACAUAUUAACAUACAUACAUAAAUACAAAUCAUUGGAUUCUUCCUCUCUACUGCUCUGUUUUCCCACUUAAAACCCGACUUGUAAAAAACAAAAAUUUCUAUACAUAUACAAACAUACAUACAUAUGUAUAAUUUGCCUAGAUUUUAAAUGCUGCAAAAAGAUCUAUAAUGCAUACACUACGUGUAUGUAGUAAAUUCAUGCAUACAUAAGUAUGUAUAACACAUGUAAAUUACACAACAUAAAUUAUAUUGAAUAUUAAAUAUAUGAAUAGAUUAUAAAGAAACAUAUAUACCAUAUAUAUAUAAAAUAGACAGUUAUAAAGUCGUGGAUAUGAAAAAAAUAACAGAAAAAUUAAGAAUAAAUAUAAAAAUGAGAAACUCAAAAUAUAAUAGGCAAACAAAUAAGUGUUUUGUGCGUGUUGCGGGAAAUCGAGAAACAAACAAACUGUAAAUAUUAAUAAUAACUGUAUUGAUAAAUAUUAUAAUUAAAUUGAC